UUGGUUGGCGGUAGGGAUGCUCAGUGAAGAACAUCCACCCCAACUGCCCAAAGAUUUCUGACAGUCUGCGUGCUGAAGCCAGGAGGAAAGGGGUUCGCAUCCCUUGUAGUAGUUGUGGAUUGUUAAAGCUCUGGAUAUAUAGCCAGUUAUUGGCCCCUUUUGUUGUUGUGUUCAUGUUCACGGUGAUGUCACAUUUACAAAUUGUAUAUUAUGCGUAUUCUAGACUCAAGCCAAGGCCCUCAAGGGGAGCUGCACCGAGCAAAACGUCAGUUCUCUUGGCUGAAGCAACGCAACCAUGGCCAUUUGUGGUGAUCGUUGCUUUCGCCGUCUGCGCUGAGGCAGCAUCCCUGGGCCCUCAAGGGGAGCUGCACCGAGCAAAACGUCAGUUCUCUUGGGAACAAUAUCCUAUAAAAGGAUGCGGCUCUUUCCGGCGACAACCAAAGCAUAACAUAUAUGGAAGAAGCAAGAGACUUAUUCAUAAGGAAGAUAGAAACAUGAUUUGGGAUUGAGAUGUGAGACACGAAUCGACCUUGACUCUGCGUUGCUGUUGAACCUGGUUGACUUUUUCCCUUCAUGAUCAGAUAAUUGACCAGGGAACUGGGGUUGUAUGUGAUGACUGUUUCUGUCGAAAUUCCUUGGAAUCAAAUAAUUUUUUUUUGCAGUAAUAUCGUUUGAUUUAUAUGGGAGUUACCCAGAUAUAACGAUAUAAUGGUUUUCACACUCAUGUGAGAUUAUAUAUAUAUCUGUAUGCUUCACUGAUUUUAAUUACAAUUAGAAGAAUUUGAAAAAGUGACGAAAAGUUUCCGUAUAAUUGCUUUAUAAAUGAGAAUAUAUAAGCGAUGAACGGGAUACUGCAUUUACAGAGGCACAUAGAGACAUGGUUGAAUUAUAGAAUCAUAAAUAAAAUAGAAUGAAAUACUUUUCAGCGUCUGUCGCCAUAAUAGUUGAUGCCUUUAUGAUUUUAGUUGUUAAUUAAAAAUUAGAAUUUUCUCUGGACUUCUACAGCUGAUU